AUGAAUACAACAAAUAAUUUAGAGAAUAAAAAAAAGAAAAAAGUAGAUGAAGAAAAAGAAAACAAUAUCAAGCUUUUAGUAGAGCAAAAUUUAAAGUUAAAGAAUGAGGUUGAUGAAUUAAAAAAUCAAGUUAUUUACUUUUCAAAAAUAAUAAGUAUUGAAAUUAGAAAUGUAUCUGAUAUCUGCAAACAAAAUGAAAUAGCAAAUCAAUCUUUUAUAAAUGAUAUCAAAACUGAAAUUCAAAAAUUUUCAGAAAGGUGCAAACAAAAUAAAAGUUCAAAUCAAUCUUGUAUAAAUGAUAUCAGAAUGGAGAUUCAAAAUGUUUCAGAAAAUUUUAAUAAAAAACAUAAAUCAAAUCAAUCAAGUAUAGAUAAAAUCAUAAUUGAUAUUCAAAGAUUAAAGAAAAAAGAUGAAAAUUUAGAAAAGAUAAUUAAAUCCAAGUAA